AUGCGCUCAGUCUUCUUACUUCCCCUGGCGCUGGUGCUCGGCGCAGUGGCUCAAGAUGAGCAGGCUGGAGAGGAUGUCCAACACUGCGGUACGAACUCAACUGAUGGUGUUGCCCAUGCGGAUUUCUUGAUUGAAAGUCGACAAAAGCAUGUACUUCAACCCUUUACCAUUGAGACUUACAUCCACUAUGUUGCACCAAGCAACCCCCCUGACAAGGUUAAAACAAAGCUUCAAGACUCUGCCCGGAAGCAACUUGAUGUGCUCAAUGCCGCAUUUGAGCCAUCCGGCAUUUCCUUCACUAGAAAUAAGCCCCGUUUCUGGGCAGACGCCCGCUUUGCCUCCAUACAAAGCGGCAGUGAUCUUGCAGCGAUGAUCGAAAAGUACCGUGUCGGUGAUGACGCCAAGAUUCUCAACCUCUUCGUGCCGUACUCUCCAAGUCAAAAAGUACUAGGCACUGGUGCGUGCAUCAGCUUUGACGACUUGUUCGUCAGGAAAACGUCCCCCAUGUCUUCGGAUGGCUGCUUCAUCCGGCCUACGACGCUUCCCGGCCACAGCUUCGAGCGCUACAACGAGGGAAAGAUGGCCGUUCACGAGGUUGGUCACUGGCUUGGACUCUAUCACACGUUUCAAGGCGGCUGCACCGGGAAGGGGGAUUUCAUGCCCGACACACCGGCCCAAGCGUAUGAAACCUUUGGCUGCAACGUGACCCAAGACACCUGCCCGGAUCAACCCGGCCUUGACCCAAUUCACAACUACAUGGGAUAUUCUGACGAGUAA